AGCUUCAUCCCAGCCGCUUCGCACUCGGCCGCGAACCGCUCCAGCGAGAGCUGCAGAUCUCGCUCCGAAAUUAUUCAUGUUACUAAUUUUUCAUUACUCAAAUUAGUAGGUUACCAUUGUUGCCAGAAUAAGUAUGAAAAUGUUCACCCAUAUGCACAAUACGUUUUAAACAUUGUAAGAGCAGAAAGUUCUGGAAUUUUUUUUUUUUUGCAAUAACCAUAAUAGUCAGCUUUAAAAUGUUUCUUCCACUUGCGCUAAAUAGAGAACUAACAUGUUGAAGAGCCAGACAUAUGUAUUUGUGUGUGCAUGUGUAAAGCCAGCAAAGAGCCUCUGAGACAUGUGAGCUUACUUCAUUGAUACUAGGUUUCCAUAUUGGGUUUACUGUGCUCUUUCAGUGUGUGAGAUCAAGGAGGUAAAUGGUUGGAUCAGUGUUGCUAUACCACCUGUUUGAAGACAUUGAGCUUUCUCCCACUGGGUGUAUUGUGAUUCAUUUUUCUGCUUUGAAGUGCAGCCAAAUGGUGUGAUUUGUACCUUUCAUACUGUGCAACUUUGAAAGUGGACGUUAUUCAUUCCUAACAAUGUGUUUGUUUUUAUAAACUGAAUGUGGCUUUAACACAUAUCUGUUAUUGUAACAUGAUAUGUUUCUUGCUUAUGAWAAAGCUAAUUUUGUGCAUAAGUUAUAUUUUAGUAGUAUACACUGUUUAUUUAUUCGACCGACAAAGAAGAAAGUCUUUCUUUGUGUGCAAUCUGCUUUAUUCUACAUCCCUCAAGAGUCACACAAUCUGUUUUUGCCAGCUCACCUACCUCAUAAUMACCCCCGGUGUUUUCCCUCCUUUGUUCUUUCAUUGGUUUCAAGGUGCUUAAGUUGGACUAUAAGAGCAAUAAAAAGACGGUUGUGAACAGCACUCCACUUGGAUGGGAUGGAGUGAAGAAUCAACACCACUGGCAUCAGAAGAUUAUUGUACAUUCAGUAUGCCGUCCUCUUGUCUUAUCAUCCCAACCCUUCUCCUCGUGACCCUGACCGUUGUCCUAGCCUCUGAUGCCAAAACCACACAUUGGCCAAAACCCCAGAGCACCAACAAGCCCCAGCACGCUGAAAGCAGUGAAGUAGGUGGAAGUAGAAAGUUUGGACACAUUGUCAACACAACCCCAUCAUCCCCUUCUGACAGCCUGUACACAGAGGAAACUACAGACCUUCUGAUGGAUGCGUACACUUUGUCCCCAACAAACAGCAGCGUCUUCCAGGGCGACCCGUACCCAAAUGAUAUUUACCCAGGUGCAAUAGGCCCACACCAACCUGGAAACUAUUCCCUUGACUACAAUGAAUGCUUCUUCAACUUUUGUGAGUGCUGUCCACCAGAAAAAGGUCCAGUGGGGCCCGCUGGAGAAAGAGGGCCACAGGGACCACCUGGAGAAAGGGGCCUUCCUGGGUCACCAGGAGAAAAGGGAGAAAUUGGAUCUCCAGGACCAGCUGGAUUACCAGGAGCAAGGGGACCCAAUGGCAGCAAAGGUGAAAAAGGUGAUCAAGGCCCUGUGAGUCCACCUGGAGUCCCAGGGAUUCCGGGGAAAUCUGGAGAAAAAGGUGAUCUGGGCCCCAAAGGAGACAAAGGUGAACGUGGCUUCAGUGGGAUGAAAGGGGACCCAGGAGAAAAAGGAGAGUCUGGUAUGAAUGGGACUAAGGGCAGCAUUGGGCCCAUUGGCCCCCCAGGGGUAAUUGGGACAAAGGGUCAGAAAGGUGAAAAGGGAUUUACAGGGGAAUGUUUCUUGGGUCCAAAAGGAGAGAAAGGGGAUGUGGGUGACCGUGGGCUCCCUGGCCCACAAGGGGAUAUGGGUCCUCCAGGAUCCAAUGGAACUGACGGCACAAAGGGAGAAAGGGGACCUCCAGGUGUGAAGGGGGAUGCUGGUGUGAGAGGGCCACCAGGUCUAAGGGGUUUGGCAGGUAUGAGGGGAGAAAGGGGAGCAAAAGGUGCACGUGGCCCUCGGGGGCCUAAAGGCUUUCCAGGUGAGAGUUUGGAACAGGCUCGCUCUGCUUUUAGCGUGGGUUUGUUCCCCAGCAGGUCCUUCCCCCCACCCGGCCUGCCUGUGAAGUUUGAUAAGGUCUUCUACAAUGGGGAGGGCCACUGGGACCCAACAGUUCACAAGUUCAACAUCACAUACUCAGGGGUCUACGUGCUCACUUAUCACAUAACUGUGCGCAACCGGCCUCUGCGUGCCGCAUUGGUGGUCAACGGGGUACGCAAGAUGAGGACGCGAGAUUCCCUUUAUGGUCAGGACAUUGAUCAGGCAUCCAACUUUGUGCUGCUGCAGCUGAGUGAGGGGGACCAAGUGUGGCUGGAGACACUGAGAGACUGGAACGGAGUUUUUUCCAGCACCGAGGAUGACAGCACCUUCUCCGGCUUCCUGCUUUAUCCAAUCUCGAAUACAAACACUGUAAAUGGCUCUGCUGUUGAGUUGCCAAAAUAAUCUUUUAGAUCUUUGUAGAUCUUAAAUUCUCUGCUAAAUUCAUGUGAUUCAGCUAAAUGUUGCUGUUCAGAGAGUCUCUCUGCUGGGAUAUUGUGCUUGAAUCAAGUGCUUUGCUUGCUUUAUUGUAUUUAAACAUAGGAGGGAUUUAGUACAGCAUUUCAGUUUUUAAAACUGCAAUAAAUUCACACUGCUUGAAAAAUAAAAAUAAAAAACUUUAAGUUUUAUUUUCAAAAUUGAUUAUUAUUGCCUGCCACUGUUUGUUACAAGAUCUCUCGAUAUUGUGUAAGACAAAACAUGGAUUGACAUGGCUUUAACUCCUGUAUUUUCCCCUCAUAAGAUGAUAAACUGAUAUAAAAGGUGGAUGAUUUGUACACCUUUAGCUCUGUGAAGCAUUUGCAACUCAAGUUUGGAGACAAGUGAUACAUUUAGCUUCCACUAGAGGGCAGGAUGUGCUCAGGUUUUGCAAAAGAGUAUUAGUAGACCAUAACUAGGCUUUGGAGCUGAUAAAUGAAAUGAAUAUGCAUGCAUACAAACAUUAUACGUGAAGCACUAAGCAAAAUAUAAUUUUUCAAAAAAAAUGGUUCAAAUGCAAGUAAUAUAUCUAUUUAACUCCAUCUAAUGCUGAUCAUCAUAACAGGUUGGAAAGGGCUGUAAAUAUUUAAGUCCAAAUUUUCAUUUAACAUUUAUUCCUGUUAAACAUGAACUCCUGAACUUGGUGGUGAAAGAUUUCAGAUUAGAAAUAAUAUGUUUAUUUUAUUUUUUAAUCACCAAUAAAAAAAAUAAAAGCAGUGGUACAUGUGUCUAAUUUGC